GUUCUGCAGUACGCGAGUUGAAGCACAUUCCUGCUUUGCAAGGCUUUCUGUUAAGGAUGUAUUGUGGCUUUUGUUUGGAUUGCAGCAUGCAGAAUUACAGCUGUUCAGAGGAGACUCAUUACAACUCCUGCUGAAGCUCCUAAUCUUCUUCCCUUCUCUUCUACCCUUUCCCCCUACCCUCAUUUGGCCUGAAGACGUUGUCCCCAGAGUUUACGUUGCUCCCCUGGUGCUAUGUGUAUGGUGAACCUGGCGCUAUGGCCGCGUCUGGGACUGGCCAGACAACUGCUGGCUCUCCUUAUUCCAGGAAGGAUUUAAAGGGGAAUUGCACUGCAGGCAAUGCACCAGAGCAGCAGCGUCGGGAGCUUGGGGACUAAGGCUCCUCUGGCAUUAUUACACACAUGCAAAGCUGACCGCAAUGACAGCAGCUGCUUCUUUGAACUGUUGGCAGCAGCCAAGCGGCAGCAUGAAGUGACAGAUCACUCCUGAGCUCAAGAUGAACUCCACCUUGGAUGGUAAUCAGAGCAGCCACCCUUUUUGCCUCUUGGCAUUUGGCUAUUUGGAAACUGUCGAUUUUUGCCUUUUGGAAGUAUUGAUUAUUGUCUUUCUAACUGUAUUGAUUAUUUCUGGCAACAUCAUUGUGAUUUUUGUAUUUCACUGUGCACCUUUGUUGAACCAUCACACUACAAGUUAUUUUAUCCAGACUAUGGCAUAUGCUGACCUUUUUGUUGGGGUGAGCUGCCUGGUCCCUUCUUUAUCACUCCUCCAUCACCCCCUUCCAGUAGAGGAGUCCUUGACUUGCCAGAUAUUUGGUUUCGUAGUAUCAGUUCUGAAGAGCGUCUCCAUGGCUUCUCUGGCUUGUAUCAGCAUUGAUAGAUACAUUGCCAUUACUAAACCUUUAACCUAUAAUACUCUGGUUACACCCUGGAGACUACGCCUGUGUAUUUUCCUGAUUUGGCUAUACUCGACCCUGGUCUUCCUGCCUUCCUUUUUCCACUGGGGCAAACCUGGAUAUCAUGGAGAUGUGUUUCAGUGGUGUGCGGAAUCCUGGCACACUGACUCCUACUUCACCCUGUUCAUCGUGAUGAUGUUAUAUGCCCCAGCAGCCCUUAUUGUCUGCUUCACCUAUUUCAACAUCUUCCGCAUCUGUCAACAGCACACAAAAGAAAUCAGCGAAAGGCAAGCCCGCUUCAGCAGCCAGAGUGGGGAGACUGGGGAAGUGCAGGCCUGUCCUGAUAAGCGCUAUGCCAUGGUCCUGUUUCGAAUCACUAGUGUAUUUUACAUCCUCUGGUUGCCAUAUAUCAUCUACUUCUUGUUGGAAAGCUCCACUGGCCACAGCAACCGCUUCGCAUCCUUCUUGACCACCUGGCUUGCUAUUAGUAACAGUUUCUGCAACUGUGUCAUUUAUAGUCUCUCCAACAGUGUAUUCCAAAGAGGACUAAAGCGCCUCUCAGGUGCUAUAUGUACUUCUUGUGCAAGUCAGACUACAGCCAACGACCCUUACACAGUUAGAAGCAAAGGCCCUCUUAAUGGAUGUCAUAUCUGAAGUGGCUCAGUUACGGGGUUCCCCUGUGUGUGUGUGUGUGUGUGUGUGU